AAAACGGGCUCAGUUCGUAAAGGAGCCAGGCGACUUCAGAGGCGCCGGCCCGUCCGCCUGCCGCACCUGAGCGCGGCCCCAGCCCGAGCCCAGCCGGCCGCGAUGCUCUAGGGACCGACCGCGUCCUCCCGCCGGACCGUUAUCCGCGCCGGGCGCCCGCCGGACCCGCCGGCAAGAUGCCGCGCUCUUUCCUGGUCAAGAAGCAUUUCAACGCCUCCAAAAAGCCCAACUACAGCGAACUGGACACACACACAGUGAUUAUUUCCCCAUAUCUCUAUGAGAGCUACCCUAUGCCUGUCAUACCACAACCAGAGAUCCUCAGCUCGGGAGCAUACAGCCCCAUUACCGUGUGGACUACGGCAGCUCCAUUCCACUCCCCACUAUCCAAUGGCCUCUCUCCUCUUUCUGGAUACCCCUCAUCCUUGGGGCGAGUGAGCCCCCCUCCUCCAUCUGACACCUCAUCCAAGGACCACAGUGGCUCAGAAAGCCCCAUUAGUGAUGAAGAGGAAAGACUACAAUCCAAGCUUUCAGACCCCCAUGCCAUUGAAGCUGAAAAGUUUCAGUGCAAUUUAUGCAAUAAAACCUAUUCAACUUUUUCUGGGCUGGCCAAACAUAAGCAGUUGCACUGUGAUGCCCAGUCUAGGAAAUCUUUCAGCUGUAAAUACUGUGACAAGGAAUAUGUGAGCCUGGGCGCCCUUAAGAUGCACAUUCGGACCCACACUUUACCUUGUGUCUGCAAGAUCUGUGGCAAGGCGUUUUCCAGACCCUGGUUACUUCAAGGACACAUUAGAACUCACACUGGGGAGAAGCCUUUUUCUUGCCCUCACUGCAACAGAGCAUUUGCAGACAGGUCAAAUCUGAGGGCUCAUCUGCAGACCCACUCGGAUGUAAAGAAAUACCAGUGCAAAAACUGCUCCAAAACCUUCUCCAGAAUGUCUCUUCUGCACAAACAUGAGGAAUCUGGCUGCUGUGUAGCACACUGAGUUACGCAAUCAAUGUUUACUCGAACAGAAUGCAUUUCUUCACUCCGGCUCCAAAUGACAAAUAAAAGUCCAAAGGCAUUUUCUCUUGUGCUUACCGACCAAAUAAUGUGUAUAGACACACAGACACAUGGACACACAGACACACAAACACACACACACACACAGGCACACACAGGCACACACACUAAAAGCUGCAAGAGCACAAAAUCCAUGUGUUCAUAUUUAAUCCUUUCCAUGUGAAGUUUAAAAUUACUAUAUAUUUACUGACAGCUAGAUUGAGAGGAUAAAAGACAAGAAUCUUUCUCUUCAAAAGAUGAAGCAAAAAGCACAUUGCAUCUUUUCUCACUAAGAAAGAAUGCAAAGAUUUACAUUGCUGCCAAAUCAUUUCAACUGAAAAGAACAGUAUUGUUUUGUAAUAGAGUUUGUAAUAGAAUUUCCUAUAGGAAGAGAAUUUGCCAGACACUAUCUCAGGUGCCUUAUAAAGUAUUCCAAGUUUACUUCAUUACAUGUCUGAUGUCUGGUUAUCAUUGUUGAACUAAAGCCUUUUUUGAUUACCUGUAAUGCUUUAAACUGUAUUUUUAAGACAGAGACCAAGAAAGAGAAAAAAAAAAAAAAGAACAAGAACAAAACACAGGAGAAUGUAUUGAGUGUUUUGUUUUUGUUUUUGUUGUCGCCAAUAAAGAGUAUGCUCCUUGGGGGAGGAGGUAAAGAAUAGCUUUGAACAUUCCUGGUGCAUGCUCCAUGUCUUACCUUUUAAAAGAAUUUUUAAUGAUUUUCUAAAAUUAAUUAAAGAUGGGAAUAAGUGCAAGAAAGGAUUCUUAGAAACUCAGUAAUGUACUUAAACUAUUUUAAAUGCAUACAACAAAUGCAAUCCAUACAGCACCCUUCCAAGUGCCUUUUUAAAGUAAUUGUAUAGAUGAUGAGUCAAUGUAAAUUUGUGUUUAUUUUUAUAUGAUUGAAUGAGUUUUGUAUGAAAGUGAGAUGUUGUCUAUAGCUGAUGUCUAUAAACAACCUGAAGACUUGUGAAAUCAAUGUUUCUUUUUUAAAAAACAAUUUUUAAAGGUCCUUUUUUACAAUAAACAUUUUUGAUUUAAAAUCCAUUGUUUGUAUACUAUUUUCAGAGACCUUACUUACUUCAUGAUUUGUAUCAAACUUCUAUACAAAGAAUUGUUUUUUCUUAAUAAGA